CGUGACAACGCCAACCAACAACUCCACCAUCUCAGUCAACACCAGGAGUACAAGCUUUGUACAUACAUAGAAGAGCUUACUGACCAUUCUCUACCUCCUACAAGGCAAAUGGUGCAAAAUUUCGCGUCUGGGAUAGCUCAUGUACGCAUCUCUGAGUCCUGGGUUACUCGCUUCCUCAACCAUCACCGUGACACUCUCCUCUGCUGUUACUCUGCCGCCAUGGACGCACAGCGCCACUAUGCCAAUUCUAGCAAAAAGUACGCAGCUUAUUUUACUCUGUUGCAUUCCAAG